CAGGGGAGGGUCGGCAGCCAGGGGCAACGGGGAUAUAAACAGACUGCCUGGACCGGUUUGGGUCAGUACGUCUAUACGAGCACUUUUUUACCACCCUCUCACUUCUUUUUAUUUUAAUACAGUAAAGCCAGUCAGGAUGGAGAUUAGAAGGAGGAAGGCAGUCAAAAAAGGGACCCCUGAGGGAAGAUCUGAACAAGAAGGUGGAUUAGCGUCUCCUGACCGGGUGGCGGUGUCGGGUGAGGUGGCGAAGGCGGACCGGCCGCUGGCACGGCAUCGCAUAGGCUCCAGAAGGGGACUGAGUGAAUAUAAGAGAAACUUCAAAUGGAGAAGCCCAGAAUUUUGUAGCCCAGAGAAAUCCUUGUGGGCAGGACUUCGGUCGGACCAGUUUGGAAUUACUAGAGAACCAAAAUUCAUCUCCAAGAGAAGGGUACCUUACUAUGAUCCACAGAUUUCAAAGUCCUUUGAAUGGACAGCAGAUUGUGAUUUGAAUGGCCCACUUGAACCUGAAGCUGCAGAGUUGCACACAGACCACAACAACAAUGAUGUGAAUCAGGAAGAAAUUGAAAUGGUAGAAGGACCCAGACUCCCCCCAGAAGUUCGGUCACAUUUGGUAGAUUCUAGCGGUGAAACAGCUCUUGCCCUUGCAGAGAACAACAUGAAAAAAUCACCCUAUGAAGCUCCACCAAAUCAAAAUGAAGCAUUUUCAUCUCCGAAAAAGGAAUUAGAAAAAAUGAGUAAUGGGCUUCACAGAGCCCUUCAGAGGAAAGCAGACUUGAAUAUUUCACGUUUAAAUACUUUCCCUAGAAAUUCUGAAUAUCAAAGCCAAUUUGUCUGGAAGAGUCCUCAUGAAAAGUCACCAAUACUUGCAGCUGAACAGGUUAUUUGCAACACAAGGAAAUCCUCACCUGUGGUUAAAUCUCCUGCAAUUACUUCUGAAACUGCAUAUGAGAGAAAUUUCAAAGGGUCUCCUCCUGUUGAGGAUCCACAAGAGAGAGGUGUUUCAGAAGAGAAAGAAUUUCCGGUUUGUGAACAAAGUAAGAGGGAAGAACCGUUUCAAAAACCAGCAGAAGAUGCAGCAAAACAAGGGAAAUCAGAACAGAAACAUCUUAAACAAAAAAAUAAGCAACAUAUCAGUCCAAAGCCCCUCUCUUUACAUACAAGUCAUGGGAAGAUGAACACUGAAUAUAGGUCAAAAUUUUUGUCCCCCGCCCAAUAUUUCUACAAAGAUGGAGCUUGGUCUCGUAUUAGAAGUAAAGUUCACAACCAGGCAUCUCAAAACAGUCUAAAUUCCAUGUGGUAUAUGGAGGUGAGAGAACUUCGAGAAAGAGCAAAGACUUACAGGCAACGAGUAGAGGGAACACACUUCUCCCGAUACCAUUUCAAUCAGAUCCUGUCUGAUAAUAACAGUCUUUGGGAUGUGUCCUCAACUUCCAGUUCAGAAGAAGGGAUCAGCAACAACAUCAGAGCACUAGAUCUUGCUGGAGUUUCUGAAAAAGAGGCUGUACCAAGCCCUCAAGGGCUACAGCAGCCUGACUCCAGAGAACAACCACACCAGAACAGCACUGGAAAGAAAGAUAUGUCAGAUGCUUUAACUGUUCCAGUCAAAAGACGUUUAGUUUGGGAUGAACAAGAAGAUACUAAAGAAAGAGAAAAAUGUCAAUCAACAGAAGAGGAAGGAAAACAAGAUGAACAGAGUGCAGUUGUGGCUCAGCAGUUAGAAGAAAACAAUAAGGAUGCCAAAGAAGAUACGAAAAUUGAAGGCACUAAUCAAAGUGAGAAUUUAGAAUUGAAUACUUCUGCAACUGUGUCAGAUUCUUCUGUAUCCUCAAGGAUUGGUGGCAGGCUUCCUACUCCAAAGCUGAGAGCUCUUGGUGGUACUCAGAGGACUCAUCAUGAUCGCACUACCCCAACUGUUGGAGGUACAGUUUUAGUGUCUCCUCCUAAAUUCAAGUCUUCAUCUUCACCACAGAGAAAACGAGACUUAAGAACAGACCCUUCGAAAAGAAGGUCCUUCCAGCCUGACGUGAAAAUGAAAGCUGUUUCACUGUUUAACUCUCCACCUGCUGGGCUGAGAACUGUGGAUCCUCUGCCACUUAGGCAGGAUCCGUGGCCUCCUAACAGGGUUGCUGAUGAGCAAGUUCCUCUUGCUUCAGCCCAUCAAGAACAUUCCUCUGCAACUUCCAUGCUCAAGUCAGCAAAAAGCUCCUCUGUGCCUUGGUGGAGUCUCUCUCAUCGUAUUCAAGGGACUCUCAAGGAUCCAGAAUUCCAGCAUAAUGGGAAUCUUGGCAAUCCAAAAAUGAGAACUUUCCAGUUACCCCUUCGGGAAAGAAACCGUAAUGAUGAAGAUGACAGGUUGUCUCAGAUCUCUGCUCGCUCGGCAGCAUCUAGCUCUCUUGCAUCUCAGAUACUGGAACGAGCUCAGAAGAGGAAGGAUUUCUGGGGCAAGACAUAGUCUCUUCCCACCUGUCGUGUAGAAACUGUUCUGUAAAAUGAUUUAUCUUUUAUAGUUUGUAGUGUACAUUUAAAAAAAAUGUGAUUGUAGAUCACAUGUUAAUGCUGCAUUCUUUCACUUAACCACUGAUAUGGCCCAAGUUUUAGGGCUUGGCAUCCCAAUUGAAAAUUAAGUAUUUAAACUGAUGUUGAAAAUGAACAUCCUUUAUAUCUGAGAGUUCAGUCUUAAUUCACUAUGUCUCUACAGCCAUAUGAGGCUUUUUUUUUUUUACUGUGGCAGCUCUUGAAACUGAGAUAAUUAUUUUUUUAUGGAAACCGUGUGUUACUUUUCAAGGUAUUCUGCUGCAGUCAGGCAAGUAUGACCUGGAACAGUAUUCAGGGGCAACACCAUCAUUUAUCAAAUACCUCAGUUGCAUUAUUUUAACUAGUUAUCUUAAAGGCAACAAUGGUAUAUUUGUUUAUGUCACUGUAUGAAUUGUCAGCACAACACAGUACUGUGACAAAAAGUUACUUUUGCUACUUAACUGGCUCUAACCUGUUACAAAAAGAUUCCUAUUUCCUAAUGAUGCAAACAUGGAAUGUACAGGAGUUUGAGAAAAGGACAUGAAGCAUUAGAAUUUGUUUGUUGUCCACAGAUUUUUGGCCAGGAAGACUAUUAGAGUUCAGUGUGUACAGUACUGCAGUUUGUCAGAUAUACUGAUUUAAAUGCUUGUCUUGUGGACUGAGACCACAAGAUGUUUACUGUUAAUUUCAGCUUCUCUAGAAAAAGCAAACUCAGCCACCUUAACCAGUGGUGUUCCCCAGCCCCUCUUCAGACUCAGGUAUUUAGGAGGAGUUGAUUUGUUAAAGUAAUCUCAAAAGAAUGGUUUUUUUUCUUGACUUUGACAUUUUAAUUACCUCUCAUCCUAGUUGCCUGUUGCAGAGAGAUUGAUACUGUUAUGACUGUCACAGUGAAAAGUGUUUGUGAUUUAUGCUGACAGCUCAUUUUAUUUUUCCAAGUGAUGCAGACAAAUUAAUAUGAAGUAGAAGAAAUGGGUGGUUAACAAGCAGUUUGGUUCUUCUUGUAUGGCUUCAAGUUUUAGUAUUACUUCAUUUGGAAACUUUAUACAAGAACAAUUUGAAUUUUGUACACAUUUGAUUACAUUUCGAUUUUGUAUGCAAUUAUGUAUGUAUAUUGCUGAAAAUAAAAAAGGUGGUUUGAUUUGUUUUUAUGGAAGUUAUGCUGGAUAAUUUGUCAGGGCUUAUUACAUUGGCAUUUCUCUGUUUAGUUCUCUGUUUCACCUGUUCAGCUGGAAUAUCUGUGGACUUACGAAAGCCAAGAUGUUACCUCAGAAAUCUUCAGAAAGAGUAAUUUAUUAAAGCUAGAUAUGUUGAUACCUGAAA